AUGGCACUAGUGGGUUUCGAUCUCCGAUGGAGUCGUCCGCCGACCAAAAUGGUUUUUAGCUUAAUUGCAUGCCGCAAAUUUGGCUGCUCUGGGGAUGUGAAUCGUGACGAGAUAAACGGAAAGGAUCAAUGCACAAUUUUUAUGCGUGGCCAGACUUCUCUUCAAAAAUUACAGAGGAUAAUGCCCAUGCUUGGAGUUCAAAAAGGGAAAAUCUUGAUGAUGAGUCCGCGGCGAUUAUUGGAUUCACCUAGAGACAACAUGAUCACAAAUAUCCUCAUUCCUUUAGGCCGAGUCGAGUAUGCUGAAAGCAACCUAGGGGAUUGCAUUUACCAUAUGAUUUUAGAAUGCCCUCGACCUCCCGUAUCUGCAUUAAGAACCCACGGAUCCAUCUCGACAUAUACUGGAUUACCAUGCUGCUCUGUAGAGCUUCUCAUACGAAUGACCUCGAAAAUGGUACCGGGAUCUCACUAUGAACAUACUGUGGCUGUCGUCUCGACAGAAGAAGAAUCCGUACGGUAUUGUGAAAGCACACCUGAUACUGGACAACGGCCCCGGAGUGGAAAACCCUCAAAUCGCGUAUUAAAUUCGUUCCAGUUCUCCUUAGACUUCAGAGAGUUUAGCUCUCACAUCGAUGUGGAAAGAGUGAAGCCAAGAUUUUUUUUUGAACACGAGAAAUAUCUAAUGACUGUGCUGAGGCGCUCCUCCCGACGAGAUAUCUCGAAUCGUAGUCUAAAUCCGAACAGGUUCUCCUUGAUCUUCAAAGGCCAUAGGGCUCAUGUUGAUGCUGCGAAAGUAGAGCAGAAGUACUCCAGAAAUAAUGCUAUGUUCCUUGGGAGCAUUGAUACCAACUCCGGAGUUGGCUAUGAGGGGUUCCAUUUAGGCCAGUACAGCAAACUACAGACUAUGGCUAAUAUAUGCUCGUCUUCGUCUGUGGGUAAGCAUGAAAAAAGGAGAGGACGGUCCAAAAUUCGAGAAGGUGCGGCCUGUUUUGGGUUGGCUGCUAUUCUACAGUUUGAAGUGGUAGAUGAAACAAUGCCAUGGGCGAAACGACAACAAAAGGAAAGGGAGACGGGGAGAUGUUCGAGUUGCUUGGUGAUGACUAACAUCAUUCAAGCUAGUCGUGGUCUAAGAAAUCACGGUACUACCAUCGCACCUGGAAAGUGGUGUCCGGGGGGUUUUCGCUCGAUACACGCAAUCGGCGAACAAUAUGCGUUCAGUCCCCCAGCGCCUCAACGCAUAAUUCUGUAUCAUCCGCACACCUUCCCAACCAGAACCCCUCUACUACUUCUUCACCCCGACAGCCACCUCUCCUCUUACCAGAGAAAGAAGCUAUAUCAGGUCAUAUCCCACACGACUGUAACCUCCAUCCGUGCACAGUGGCAUUUGAUUCAAACUUUCCCCAUUUCCGGGCAAACUAGGUAUAUCACCACGCCCACGUUCCUGUGGGUCCUUUGCCUCACGCACAGUGUGUUUCCAAAUCGUCCAAAAUUGCGCGUCUCCACUCUCGUGGACGAAAUCCAGCGAUAUGGUUAUGGUACAGAGAAGCGAGCGACUUAA